AUGAUGGUGAUGAAGAAGCUUGUGGUUUUGAUUCUCAUUGCUUUGUGUCUCUCUAGUUUUUGCGAUGCAAGGAAAGCACACAAUGGCAGAAAGAGUAGACAUCACCACCGCGGGCAUGGGAGUAGACUAGUUGGACACCACCACCACCACCACCCGCCGCCAUCUCCAGCUCCUUCGCCAUCCCAGGCUCCGCCGCCGGGUCCUCCAUGCAAGAACGCCAGCGCUGGAGUCCAGGGAUUGUUUGUGUUUGGCGAUUCCAUCGUGGAUCCGGGGAACAACAACAAUCGCAACACUCCGGCCAAGGCCAAUCACUUGCCGUAUGGAUUCAAGUGGACGGGGCACGAGGCGAGCGGGAGGUUUUGCGAUGGAAAGCUCGCAGUGGAUCUGGUCGCCGAGCACCUGGGCCUGCCGUAUCCGCCACCGUAUUCGUCUGAUGCAUCGGCCGCUGCGCAGGGGAUGAAUUUCGGCUCUGCCAGCUCGGGAAUCCUCACCAGCACCGGACAGGUAUGCAAAUCAAUCGUGAUCUUCUCAAUUGCAGUGGAGCAUUGGUGGUUUUCUUGGCAGGGAUCGAUUCUUACGCUGCCGGAUCAAGUCGAUUUGUUCACUCAGGUGGCCAAGGGUCUCAGCGCGGACGUGAUCUCCAAUUCGAUCUACUACAUAAGCACUGGGAACAAUGACAUGAUGUCGAUUUCGUCGACGGCGUCGAUCAUCUCGCAGUUCCAGACGCAGCUGGAGCGACUGUACAACGCGGGCGCGCGCAAAUUCGUGGUGGUGGGCAUCCUGGACGUGGGCUGCGUGCCCGCGACGCAAGUGAACGACAAGUGCACGGAUCUGGGCAAGUCGAUGACGCAGAAGUUCAACUCGCAGCUCCAGGCGAUGCUGCAGUCGAUGCAGCAGGCGCACCAGGGAUUCACGCCCGUGUACGCGAACGCGGCGUCGAUCAUGGAGGAGGCGAUCGCUGAUCCUUCGAGCGUGGGGCUGAGCAACGUGCACCAGGGGUGCUGCCCGGGCACUGGCAACUCGAUGCAAUGGUGCUACGCCAACGCGCCCCACUGCGCCAACAGCGGGGAGUACAUGUUUUGGGACCUGGUCCAUCCCACCGAGGCAUUCAACACCAUCGCCGCGCAGAGAUGGUACAAUGGAGGCGCCGAGUAUGUGACGCCCAUGAGCAUCUCGGCGCUUGCGGCUGCUUGA